CUUUAAAAGUCUUUAACACCUUAACAUGUAAUUUCAGUCAGUGCAUCCCAACCCCCAGUUCCAAACACACAAACACAAGCACCCCCAACACACUGCCCACCUGCUCCUGUGUGAACAAAGGCGGCUGCCUGUUACUGGGAAAGAGACCUACCCGUAAGGUCGUCCCCUGCUCUGCUCUGCUGUGCUUCUCUGCAUAUAAUGCAAGAGAUUCUCCACCACUCCCACUUCCACACGCAGCCUUUAAAAACACACACACCAGGCAGUCACACAGACAACAGAACAGGUUCCUCUUCUCUCUCUCUCUCUCUCUCUCUCACACACACACACACACACACACACACACACACACACACACACACACUGACAGUCAAACGGCUGGAAAGGACAACAAGCACCUGAAAGACAGCUGGUACAGCAGAACGCUUUCUUGGCUAUACACCAAAAGUAAUUAGACCACAAGUCUAAUGAAUCACUGAAGAGGCCAAACAGAACCAGCAACAUUCUCUAUUGUGGAAUUUAUUCCAACUAAACCCUCCAUCUUGCAUUUAUUAAACUCAUAUGCUGGGUUAGUGAUCUCCUUAAAGAAUCCUAUUUAUAUCCCCUGCUGACUGCCUCUUGUGCACUGUGCCAUGGUGCUGUUUGAAGAUCACGAGUGUGGCGUGUGCUAUGAGCGCUACUCCAGGAGCAAGCAUGUUCCCCGUGUGCUCUUCUGCAACCACACAUUUUGUGGCCCUUGCCUAGAGACUAUGGCCACACAAAAGGGUGGUAUGCUGACCGUCAGGUGUCCGCUGUGCCGCCAAGUGUCCUGUGUGCGACAUGGUCUCUUGCUGGAUGAGGCACUGCUGGUCAACAGCCAUUUGUGGGACCGCAUAAGAGAGGAUCAAGAGUUGGAAAUAAGGGAGGAGGAUUUGGAAGAAGAAGAAGAGUAUGAAGAAGUGAAGAGAAGGAGCACUGUCACAGAGGCAGCAUCUCCAAUGCAAACUCAAUGGUCGAGGCAAUCGUCCCAGCAAGACCGUCUCAGACUACGACUCCCAGGAUUUCUGAGAAGAAUGAUUGUUCCCAGGCAGUCGCAGGAGAGGAUAGUCCCUGGAUGCAAUGUGAGAAUGAAAUCGUGGCGAAGACUGUCUGGGGAGUAAAUGCCUUGAACUAGAUCAUGCCAGACUGACCUCUCCAAUCUGCAAGAUGAACUCUUACUCUUGUUUUGCUAGUCUCAGUGAAGACAUCGUGUCAAAGGCGUUGUACUAAACGAUCAGGAUCCUCAGCAUGUGUCACUGAGCAGUAGUGGAAAAACUCCCCUGUGCUCUUUGUUUUUUUGAACUGUGAUUUCCACAUGAACGGUUCAACCAGUCUAUCUGUGAGGAUCGUUUCAUUAUCCAUUCCAUCCAUAAUCCUCUACAGCUGCUGUGAUGGGAUCUGGUUCAGCUGUUCCAACACAGACAGGGGCAAAAAAGAAAAAGAGUGAGAGUCCCAGAUUGCAAUAUGUGGUGGAACAGAUGGCCUCCUGAGAGAAAGCCCCCCUCCUGCUUCAAACUGCACCCCAACAACACCACUAAAAACCCCUUUAACUUAUUAUUACUGUUCCUAUUUAGGUUAUUUCUAAAUUAUUUUUAAUUAAAUGGUGUUUUCAA